AUGGCACCGCAGUACCGCGCGCUCACUCCUGAACAGGUGAACCAGUUCAUGGAGGAGGGGUACGUCGUUAUCAAGGGCGCGUUCACGAAGGAGCAGGCGGAGGACUUUACGAGCACGAUGUGGGUGCGCCUGGGCUUGGACCCCAACGACAAGUCGACGUGGGAGAAGGACAGGAUCCAUAUGCCGUGGCAUAUACGCAAGGAGGUGGCUACCUUCGCUCCGAGGGCUUGGGAGGCGAUGUGUGAUUUGCUGGGGGGCAACGAGAGGAUAGACCCGAUCAGCUCGUCGUGGGGCGACAGCUUCAUCGUCAACUUUGGCACGGAGGAGCUGGAGAAGAGGACGGACACCAUCCCGCCGAAGGAGCUGGACAACUGGCACGUCGACGGUGACUUCUUCGUCCACUUCCUGGACUCCCCGGAGCAAGCGCUGCUUGUCAUCCCGAUCUUCUCGGAGAUCAAGCCCCGCGGGGGCGGGACGUACAUCUGCCCGGACGGGAUCGACCUGAUCGCGAACUACCUCGCCGCGCACCCCGAGGGCGUCCUGCCCACGGGGCUGUCGUUCACGCCGUCGACGUCGACGUGCGAGAAGCACGAGGACGACCCGGGGUACUGGUCGCACCUGAAGGAGAUCCAGCGGUGCGAGCGGUUCGUCGAGCUGACGGGCGAGGUCGGCGACGUGGUGCUCAUCCACCCGCUGAUGCUGCACUCGGCGUCGAAGAACUACCUGCGCAUCCCGCGCGUGAUCACGAACCCGCCCGUCGGGCUGAAGGAGCCGUUCAACUUCAACAGGGAGGACCCGGACGAGUUCAGCUUGGUGGAGAAGAAGACGCUGAAGGCGCUGGGCGUGGAGAGGCUGGACUUUAAGCCGACGACGGAGCGCAGGAGGAUCGUGCCGAAGAGGAUGCUGCUGGCUAAUAAGAUGCUCGAAGACGAGAAGAAGAGGUUGGAGGCUAUCAGGGCCAGCAAGCAGAAUGUGGAUAUGUCCAACUCGAAGCCCAUCGCCGUUGCUUGAGUAUGCGUACUACGUAGUAGACAGAGCCGUGUACGAUAUCCGGUUUGCUUGCGCUGUUUCUUCAGCUUUCGC